CCUUCUUCAUUCAAUUCAAUUCUGUUCUGUACAUUUCUCUGUAUAUCCUGGUCGGAACUAUUUUCCGGCGACUGCUAUUCCGUUCUGCAAUGGUGAAGUUCUCCAAGGAGCUCGAAGCACAGCUUAUACCGGAAUGGAAAGACGCCUUUGUGAAUUACUGGCAACUCAAAAAACAGGUUAAAAAGAUUAAGCUUUCAAGAAGAACCAAACCGGUUCACGACGGCAACGAUUUCGGGCUGUCCUUUUUCGACCGGGUACGAGGUUUCGUCAGCACGAUCGCCGACAAGCUGCACGACAGCGCCACCGCCGGAAAAUCCGAGACUAACGCCCAGGUAAAUAGCCAAAUUAAAGGAGAUGACAGCAAUGGAGAAGAACAAGAAGAAGAAGAAAUGUACGAGACAGAAAACGAGCUUGUUCAGCUGUUUUCCGAGGAAGACGAGGUGAAUGUAUUUUUCGAGAAUUUGGAUGAGGAGCUAAAGAAGGUGAAUGAAUUUUACAAGGCAAAAGAGAGUGAGUUUCUUGAGAGAGGAGAGAUCUUAAGCAAACAGCUGCAAAUUUUGCUGGACUUGAAGCAAGUUCUCCAUGACCGUCGCCGGAAAACUCUUGGCCGUUCAAGAUCGGCUUCUGGCUUUUUCUCCCGCUCCAACUCCUCCUCUCGCCGGAACUCCGAUUACUGCUCCGACAACCGGAGCGAAUAUUGCGGUAGUCCGACCGGCAAGAGCGAAACAUCGGAGACGGCGGACGAGGUGAUGGCGGCGCUGGAAAGGAACGGGAUAAACUUUGUGAACGCGGCGAGCAGGGCGGCGAAGACGACGGCGGCCAAGAACGGGAAGCCAAAGGUGGCGAUAAGGAUUGACAUUCCGGCGACCACCCCGACGCGAGCCAUCUCCGCCGUGACGUCGAUGGUGUGGGAAGAUUUCUUAAACAACAACGGCGACUCCGUGAAAGAAGGCGGCGGCAGAGAAUACGUCAACUCCAAGAAGAUUCAGUGCGCUGAAAAGAUGAUCAGAGGCGCUUACGUCGAGCUCUACCGUGGCCUUGGACUGCUCAAAACAUACAGCUCUCUAAACAUGGUGGCUUUUGUCAAGAUCCUUAAGAAAUUUGACAAGGUAUCUAACCAGCAGGCAUCUGCAAAUUAUCUCAAACAAGUGAAGAGGUCACAUUUCAUUAGUUCUGAUAAGGUGGUGCGGUUAAUGGAUGAAGUGGAGUCCUUAUUCACACAGCACUUCGCCACCAAUGACCGGAAAAAGGCUAUGAAGUUCUUACGCCCACAACAACAGAAAGAGUCUCACAUGAUCACCUUUUUUGCUGGGCUAUUUACUGGGUGCUUUGUGUCGUUAUUUGUGGUGUACGGAAUAUUGGCACAUUUGAGUGGUAUGUUCUCUCCAGGAACAGAUGCUGGCUAUGUCGAAACCGUCUACCCAGUUUUCAGCAUGUUUGCUUUGCUAAGCUUGCAUGUAUUUUUGUAUGGGUGCAACCUUUUCCUGUGGAAGAGCACAAGGAUCAACUAUAACUUCAUAUUUGAAUUCCAACCAAAAACUGCCCUAAAAUACAGAGAUGCUUUCCUUAUUUGCACUUCCUUGAUGACUGCUGUUGUUGGAGCCAUGGUUGUCCACCUCAUCCUCUUGUCCAAGGGAUUCUCUUCUAAUCAAGUCGACGAUAUUCCCGGGGUUCUAAUUCUGUGUUUCCUUGUCUUGCUUAUAUGCCCAUUGAACAUACUCUACCGCCCAACACGCAUCUGUUUCCUUAGAGUAAUUCGCAACAUUGUCUGCUCUCCAUUUUACAAGGUUUUGAUGGUGGACUUUUUCAUGGCUGAUCAACUUACCAGCCAGAUUCCAUUGUUAAGGCACAUGGAGUCCACAGCCUGCUAUUUCCUUGCUGGGAGUUUCAAGACUCACAGAUUCGAGACCUGCAAAUCGGGGCGAAUGUACAGAGAGCUCGCUUAUGUUAUCUCCUUCGCGCCAUACUACUGGCGCGCUGCUCAGUGUGCGAGGCGAUGGUUUGAUGAGAACGACAUGAACCAUCUGGCUAACUUUGGGAAGUAUUUAUCGGCCAUGGUGGCUGCGGGUGCUAGGCUAACAUAUGCGAGGGAGCCAGAGUCUAAGCUCUGGCUGGCUAUGGUGUUGGUGACUUCAAUCACAGCCACUGUUUAUCAGUUGUACUGGGAUUUCGUUAAGGAUUGGGGGUUUUUCAACCUGAAAUGCAAGAACGCGUUGCUGAGAGAUGAGUUGAUUCUCAAGAACAAGAUCAUAUACUAUGUGUCCAUUGCCCUGAAUUUCGUGUUGAGGCUCGCCUGGGUGGAGACAGUGAUGCGUUUCAACGUUGGGAUCUUUGAGUCGCGCCUGCUGGACUUCUCCCUGGCUUCUCUCGAGGUCAUUCGACGUGGACACUGGAACUUCUACAGGUUGGAGCACGAGCAUUUGAGCAAUGUUGGCAAGUUCCGGGCUGUGAAGGCAGUUCCAUUACCAUUUCGCGAGACAGACUCUGAUGGCUAAAAUUAAAGCUUCGAGAAGGCAUUCAGCUAAUGUUAAUGUAUGUGUUUUUUGUUUCUGACUUGAAUUUCGUCGCGCAAAUGUAUCUCGAAUGCUGAAUAAAACAUGAUAUCAUUAUUCUUAGUAAAUAUCAA